AUGUCGGGCUAUCAUGCUGGGCCUUUUGGUCACUCGGGAGAUAAUCCAUACCAGCUUCCUCCGCCACGGACACCGGCAAACUUGCAAUAUGGACCCGAUUCAUUCCUCCGACAACGGGACUCGGAGAGAUCAGACCUGGUUCGAGAGGCUGUACCAGCAGAUGCUGCCUCUGUCCGCCAGCCCAACGAACCAUUGCCGUCCGUCCGAUCGCUGUUGACACCAACCACGGGCCCGGGAUCACCACCGGCAUUUCGUCAACCACGAUAUGGCAUCCAAACGCCAGCUGAAUCGCACCGGGACAUGGGCUAUCCGUUUCGCCCGCAGGAGACCGUGUUUCCUCCGCUACAGAUGGGCACGCUGGACCGGCGUCGCUCCGAGUCUCUACCGCACUCUCAACCCACCAGCCUUCCACCUCUAUCGCACGUAGCCAUGGGAGGGUCGGCGGAGGUCGACCACCAUCAUCACACCACACGCAGUGAUCCGUCCACCGCAAAGUCAUCGCACGCUCAUCUCUCCCCCCGCAACAACUCGCAUUCAGAACUGAUGCCGUCGGCCGAGAUAUCAUCACCCGAAAGUGUUACACGAGCCAAUGCCCCCGCGGUUCUUCCCCACGUGGUUGAUGAACGAUACAUCGACGGUGAGCUGUGCUUCGUGUAUGCAGAUGGGUCACAUCAGCCCAAGAUCGUGGACGGGAAGCCAGUCAAUCCCAAUUGGGGCGUGACCAAGGCAGGGAAGCCGCGAAAGCGACUCGCACAGGCGUGCCUGACCUGUCGUGAAAAGAAGAUCAAAUGUCAACCGAAUCGGCCAAAAUGCGAUCAGUGCCAAAAGUCGGGACGCGAGUGUCGAUUCGAAAACGCGCUCCGAGGGAAUCGCCCCAGAGGCUCGCAUUCAGUGGGACCGUCCGGGAACGCGACCUCGGAAAUCAUCGGUGCUGUGUACGACAUCACUCGUGCAUCGGACAGUGGAGCAUCACUUCCGGGAAGCGGCCAUUCGCCCAUUUCGGAAAGUGUUGGCCUGACUCCAUCUGGCAUAGAAAUUACGCACGAUCCCAUGCUAGACGCAGAACGAGCUUAUCGACAGCGGGCCUAUCGAAUCCCCCGCCCCUUUGAGGAAGACAGUCACAUCCGACACACGACCUACCCCGAGACGAAUCGCCUGCCUGAGUAUCAGGAGAUCCUCGGUGAAAUGAGAGAUACCGGCCCGGACGAUCCCCUGCUGGCCUCGUGGAACGUGGACCCGUUCGAUCAUGACCCAGAAAUGACUCUGCACUACGUCGACACUUUCUUCACCUAUGUCAAUGAUGGUUUGUACCAUAUCUUUCCCCAUGCUCGAUUUAUCCUGUGGCUCAAGUCCUGCAACACCAAGUCGCAAGAAGACAAGAUGGUGCUCUAUUCCAUGAUGGCCCUGGGAUCCAUCUUUUCCGAUCGUCCGGACAAGGUCAGUGCAUUGCGACGGUACUCUCGUAUUGCGAGGUUUGCCAUCCAGCGGAGUCAGCACAACCUCUGCUUGCAGCUGGUCCAAAGCCAUCUGCUCAUGGGGCUGUUGUACUACGCGGCCGGUUCCCUGGUCGCCGCUUGGGACGCGGUUGGGUCCGCUGGACGGGCUGUCAGUGGGCUGCGGUUCAAUAUCGAGUCGGGAGGGGUCAUUGUUGGUCAAAACCAGCCGUGUGAAUAUGGGUUGCACCCGCAGGCCCUCAUUGAAUGCCGCCGGCGGACAUUUUGGGUCGCGUUCAUUCUGGAUCGCAUCUCCUCGUUGUUCUCAGUUCCGAGUACCACCAUUCCCUCAGAGUCUGCCUUGAUUCGGUUACCGUGUCGUGAAGACAUCUACGAGGCUCAGCAAUAUGCCACGGCUCCGUACUUCCAAAAUAUUCUGAACCAAGCUUCACGGUUUUCCGAGGAUGAUCGACACUCACUCAGCCCGAUGGCCUUUGUGAUCCAGAUCUUGUCCAUCUGGGGGACGUCCGAAGACUUCCAUACAGAGAUCAUCCAAAGGACGGACGACUGGAUCAACCAGCUUCCUGAGCACCUCACUUUCUCGGUCGCCAACAUGGAACGUGCAAGCCAAGCCAAGAAAGUGGAUGCCUUUGUUGGGAUACACAUGUUUUACCAUGCGACGUUGAUGAAGCUGUAUAGACACGCUCGAUACCAAAGCUUACGGCCCGAGGUUCUGGCCCGGCAUAUCCAUCGCGCACGAUACCACGCGGUCGAAAUCCUCCGCAUUGCCCUUGCGGUUGUUCAAUACGCCCAUGAUGUUCAGGCCUCUCGAUCCACGUCGGAUUCGUCAUCUGCCCACGGAACGCUUCUAGGUCCUUUCUUGGCGCAUGUGGUUGUGUCUGCGGUGGAUGUUCUCAGCGCCGGGGGCAUGGUCACCGAGCUACCCGACUGCAUUUCUUUCACCAACGGUGCCUACGGGAUGGUUCAAUUAUUGGGUCAUCACUGGGAGAGUUCAAUCUGCCUGGCCAAUCUGAUCAAAAAGCGACUCGAUGCGAUGAUUGACUGUGCAAAUGACCGAUCUCGGAACCAAGAAAAAAUCUGUUUCGCCGUUGACGGUCCCUCGCUGGAGACUAGAAUACCGACCGGCACUCCUUCUCCACCUCAGGGUACACUGGACGAGGACUUGUUUUACGGGGCCCUCCCGCGUGAUGUUCUCCUCAAAGCGAUGAGAGGAGACGACACCUUGUCGGCAGACAAGAACAUUGCCUGGUUCAAUGAUCAGUGA